AUGACCCUUCCUGGCCUUUUGCGAAAGCUCCUUUCAGAUGCUCUGGACCACGACACAUUCACAAUUGUCUCGCAGAGACCGGACUCGUCGUUCAUGAAUAAAGCCUUGCUUGUUUCACAGAUCCCAUCCGAUGCCCCAAAUGGGAUGAUUUCGCCCGCAUCAUCCAGAACGGUAGCUGUUGUUGACCGCACUGCCAAAAUCAAUGAAGCUGCUGAAGCAUUGGUGGCUGCGCGGUUUGCAUUCGGUGGACGUUCGGCGUACGCUCCGGAUGUGGUUCUCGUGAACGAGUUUGCCAUGAAGCCAUUCGUCGAGGCUGUCAUCCAACAUGCCUCCCGCUACCUUGCAGGUGAAAAUGGCGAGGCUAGACAGCAGCAAUCAUCAUCUCGACGAUCGGGGCUCCUAGACUCCAUUCACAAAGAGCGCAGUGCACGGAUUCUUGUGUCUGGUAGUAAUUGGGGCGUGGUCGAGGUUCAAGAUCGGUAA